GUCAGUUGUCAUUGCAUCAGCAUUAGGAUCCAGUAGACAAUAGACUCUCUUCUCUUUCAAUAUGAAGGUGACACUGAUCAUGGUCCUGAUGGCCGUCGUUGGCCUCUCCUCUGCCUACUCCCUCGGCGAUGUCUACGAGAAGCUCCAGCGUGUUGAAAGGGACAUGAGCUCCGGGAGCACCGGGACGAGCAUGUCCUUAGAGAAAGUAGAGAAAAGAGACAUCAGCGGGGGGAGCGGAAGCAUGUCCGUGGAGAGAAUAGAGAAAAGAGACAUCAGCGGGGGGAGCGGAAGCAUGUCCGUGGAGAGAAUAGAGAAAAGAGACAUCAGUGGAGGAAGUAGUUCCUUGGAAAGCAGGGAGAAACGUGAUGCUUUCGCUGUCUCUCACGACCUCGAUCUGAGGCGCCUCAGGAGGUGAGUAGACGCCAGGCGUUGAGGAAUGUGUGUUGAAGCGCCAGCUCCGGCAGUGGUAGCUACAGCAUUGAGGAGUGAAGAUUCCUCUGAGGAAGGGACGACUACCGCUCGUUGAACAAGGACUCUGAUGUGACGGCGCUGACCUUCGCCUAACGACCUGACCACCAUUUGGCUCUGCUGAUUUCAAUCAGGAUAUUUCCAAGAACAAUAAAAACUCUUUACACAAUUGGCAAAUAAUAUUUUAGAUCUUCAUGUAGACAAUAUUAUUUGUUUUUAGUACUACAGAGAAAUAUAGUAACUGGCAAAA